AACGUAUACUUAUGUGUGUAAGGUAUCAAGCGCUUCACUUUAGCUUUGUUUUAAUUGCAUUUCUUUGUAGUACCUAUAAUUUCUAAAUUCUCGCCCUCAAUCAUCCCAAAACUCAACAGGAACAUUUCCCGCAAUGAAAACGUUCGGUAGGUGGGUAGUGAGUCAGUGCGAACAGAGCGGCGGGCGCGUGCGCACGGCCAGCGGCCGCACCAGGACCUUUCCCGACAUUAAUAGCAACGACUUCGCGACCAAGGCGCAUGCGCAGCGACAAGCUAUCAAUUUUGUUGUACAAGGGCUGGCGGCGGACGUCAGCAAGGCGGCGAUGUGCCGCACGGCGCGGCGGGUGGGCGCGCCGCUGCUGCAGAUACACGACGAGCUGCUGUGGGAGCUGCCGCAAGACCGCGUCGCAUCCGCCGCUGAAAUAAUAAAAAGCACGAUGGAGGAGUGCGGUCGCGAGUUCGGUAUAACCGCGCCGCUGCCCGUGGCGCUCUACAGCGGGGCCAGUUGGGGGGACUUGACCGAGUUCUCACUCGACCAUAUUGGGAACAGCGAAUAAUCCAUUCAUUCAUUCUUAUGUCUAGUAGUUUGUCUAGCUGCAAAUUUACAAAUAAAAAACUAUGUGUUUA